AUGUCAGUCUGUUAUCCGCAGAGGCUGCAACCGCGGCACGUCCGAUUUCUGAAGCUUCUGUCUGGAUUAGAAUCAGAACCUAUCCAAUGUGAACUUGUCGAGUCCGGAUUGGAUAAUGCACUAGGGUUCGAGGCGCUUUCGUAUGUUUGGGGAGAUCCGAAAAUCAGACAGGAGAUACAAUGCGAAGGGAGCGAAUUCUCAAUCACUGCCAACCUCUACCAAGCCUUGCAACACCUUAGACAGUCGAGUUCAGCAAGGCUUAUCUGGGCAGAUGCAAUUUGCAUCAAUCAAGAUGGUAUUGAGGAGAGGAAUCAGCAGGUGCAGCUUAUGAGAGAAAUAUACUCCCGCGCUUCUCGGGUAGUUGUAUGGCUGGGUCUGGAGUACGGAGAAGAUGUUACUGUAGCUACGUCUCUUAUGAGGACUAUCUAUGCGGCAUGCAGCAAACAUGCUGAGAUAAUUGAUGCAGACCUAAUCACUUUGGCAGUCGCAUAUCAGGGCCUGAACGGUGUGACACCCGAUCAGCUGGAGAGACUCGGAGAUCAUUGCAGUCCCAAGCAUCCUCGCUCGUGGCCAGCCCUUAGAAAUUUCUUCGCACGACCAUGGUUCACUAGGGUAUGGUGUAUACAGGAGAUCGUUCUUGCUCGUGACUCAAUCGUUCUCGUGGGCGAAGAUUCUAUCUCCUGGAAUAUGGUAGGUGUGACUGCAUGUUGGCUUACCGGCCAGAUGUCUGAGAGCGACUUCGAUGGGCCCAGUCAUCUGGAUGAUAUUUCUUAUUACAAUGCUUAUUGUAUGUUUGAUGAUGGUGAUAAAGACGAGCUGGGUUUGCUGCAAAUUCUUGCCAAGUAUCGUGAUUUCGAAUCAACUGACCCUAAAGACAAGGUGUAUGGUCUUCUA